AUGCCAUCGGCGGACUCCCAACCCAGAACACUCUACGACAAGGUCUUCCAAGACCAUGUCGUCAAUCAAGAAAACGAUGGCACGGUGCUUUUGUACAUCGAUAGACAUCUCGUCCACGAGGUCACAUCGCCUCAGGCCUUCGAAGGCUUGAAGAACGCAAAUCGAGAUGUCCGGAGGAGGGACUGCACCCUAGUUACUACAGACCAUAAUGUGCCGACGACGCCGAGGAAGAACUUCAAGAAUGUCGCAGACUUUGUGAAAGAAGAAGAUUCCAGAUUACAAUGUGUCACGCUCGAGGAGAACGUCAAGGAUUUCGGCCUCACGUACUUUGGAUUGGGUGACAAGAAUCAAGGCAUCGUUCACAUCAUUGGACCCGAACAAGGUUUCACUCUUCCAGGCACAACGGUCGUCUGCGGUGACAGCCACACUUCGACCCACGGAGCCUUUGGUGCUCUAGCAUUCGGUAUUGGUACCAGUGAGGUGGAGCACGUUCUGGCUACACAAUGUCUGAUCACAAAGAGGAGCAAAAACAUGCGGGUGCAGGUGGAUGGCUCACUAGCACCUGGUGUGAGCAGCAAAGACAUCAUUCUUCAUGUGAUUGGUGUUAUUGGUACUGCCGGAGGUACUGGCGCAGUCAUCGAAUUCUGCGGUUCUGCCAUCCGUAGCCUAAGUAUGGAAGCACGGAUGUCUAUAUGCAACAUGUCCAUCGAAGGUGGUGCGAGAGCUGGUAUGAUUGCACCGGAUCAGACCACAUUUGACUACCUCAAGGGUCGACCGCUCGCACCCAAAGUGGAUAGCAACGAGUGGAAAAAGGCCAUCCACUACUGGUCAAGUUUGAGAUCGGACGAGGGUGCCAAAUAUGAUACAGAAGUCUUCAUCGACGCAAAAGAUAUCUCACCUACCGUGUCCUGGGGCACCUCACCUCAAGAUGUUGUUCCUAUCACCGGCAAGGUGCCAGGCCCAGACGACUUCGAGGAUCCAAACAAGAAAGCCAGCUGCAAGCGAGCACUUGAAUAUAUGGGGCUGGAAGCGGGGACAAACAUGGAGGAUAUCGAAAUUGACAAAGUAUUCAUCGGUUCAUGUACCAAUGCAAGAAUCGAAGAUCUCCGUGCCGCCGCAAAGAUCGUGGACGGCAAGAAAGUUGCCACCAACGUCAAGCGAGCGAUGGUCGUACCAGGAUCGGGCAACGUCAAAAACCAAGCAGAGCGUGAGGGUCUUGACAAGAUCUUCACAGACGCAGGGUUUGAAUGGCGUGAAGCUGGUUGCUCAAUGUGCCUGGGCAUGAAUCCGGACAUUCUGUCUCCACGAGAACGCUGCGCCAGUACAUCAAAUCGCAACUUCGAGGGUCGCCAAGGAGCUCUUGGUCGUACACAUCUCAUGUCGCCCGUUAUGGCCGCCGCUGCCGCCAUUGUGGGCAAAUUGGCUGAUGUGCGGAAACUGUCUGAUGAUGCAACACCUGCCAAAGCAUCACCCAAACUCGAUGUCGCAUCUCAUUUUGCUGAAGUCGACUCGGAAGAGGAACUUGACCGUAUUCUCGAUAUCCCAACAGACAGCACAUCUACUGCCACCAACCACGCCAGCGCCACAGGAGGGACCUCUGUAGGUGGAUUCCCGAAAUUUACCAUUCUCAAAGGUAUUGCGGCACCACUGGAAAAGGCCAACGUCGACACUGACGCCAUCAUUCCCAAACAAUUCCUCAAAACCAUCAAGCGCACCGGUCUCGGCAGUGCCCUCUUCCACCCCCUCCGCUACAACGAGGACGGCAGCGAAGAUCCGUCAUUCAUCCUAAACCAGGACCCUUAUCGGAAGGCCAAGAUCCUCGUCGUGACAGGACCAAACUUCGGCUGUGGCUCGUCGCGAGAGCACGCACCAUGGGCACUGUUAGAUUUUGGCAUCAAAUGUGUCAUCGCACCCAGCUACGCGGACAUCUUCUUCAACAACACGUUCAAGAACGGCAUGCUGCCGUUGUGCAUCACCGACCAGGCGAAGCUGGAGAAGAUCGCCGACGAAGCCCGCGCCGGGCGUGAGAUCGAAGUGGACCUCCCCAACCAAGCGGUUCGCGACGCCCAGGGCAACGAGCUGGCCAAGUUCGAGGUCGAGGAGUUCCGCAAGCACUGCUUGGUGGAGGGCCUCGACGACAUCGGGCUGACGAUGCAGCAGGAGGAGAAAAUCGCGCGCUUCGAGCAGAAGCGGACUCUCGACACCCCGUGGCUCGACGGCAGUGGCUAUCUCAAGAAAUGGGGCAAGGGCCCCACCAAGAUCCAGGCCGCGCCGGUUCCCAAGACGAACCGUGGCGAGGUCAAGACCGAUCCUGUUGAGUGGUGA